AUGGAGAAAAGGAAUGAAGAUGAAGUCGUUUAAAGGAGUGGACAAAUGCGAGUAUUAAAACUGUUUUAAGUGAACUAGGCUGAUUCUAAAAUGGAUGCUUCAUCUCCGAAUAAGAAGAGCGUGGCUAAUGACGGACAAUAUGCCUCGAGAACCAUCACGCAUAGGAGGUCGAUGAAUUAUGGAACCAGAUCAAGCAAAUCAUCUUAAGACCACCAUUUUGGAGUCAAAGUAGAUAAUUGUCACAAUUUUAGAAAAGGAUCGAGCAGUUUCUAGAAAGUUUCAAUUACAUGAUAUUUAUGACAGUGGUAACGAUUUAUGCAUUAUUUGGUGAUGAUGUGAGAGUGUUGUCAACAAACAAAGUAUGCUAUUGGUAUGAAUUAGGAUGGAGAUGCUGCUUUUUGGGUGAUAACAGCCAUCUGCAUGGGAUUAUUUUUGGUCGAAAUAGUGUUGGCUUCAAUUUGCAAAGUAAAAAGGUUUUUCAUUCUAUAAAGGAUGGAUACAUUCUUGGAUUCUUUUUUUGGUUGGAUUUGUUGUCCACCGUUUCAAUGUUAUUGGACAUCGGAUGGGUGAACGAGGCAAUGUUUGGAAGUGGAGGUGGUGCAGCCUUGAGUGCAGUGUCAUUGGCUAGGUUUACAUAUGUUAAGAUAUUGAAUAUAGAGCAGGGAGAGCCUCAAGAGUGGGGACGAGAGCUGGGAGAAUCGUGAGAGUGGUUCGACUUGUUAGGUUGUCCAAAUUAUAUAAACACGCGAAACAGUCCUUGGAGAAGGAAGCAGAAAAACUAUUGGCGGAGGAAAUGAAGGAUGAAAACUUGAUGGACUAGAACCAAUAAGAGCAAGAACAACCAAGUCAUCCAUAACAAAACAAUGACAAUAUAUCAUCUUAAAAGUCAGUAGAUUCAUCUGACAGACACGUUAGAGAUCAAGAGGAGUAACCACACAUCUAGAAGACUCAACAACAGAGGACUUCAAUCAUGCUAUAAAACAGACAAAGCAGUCAAUUAAACACUGAAAUUGAGCACAGGUUUCAACGUAGACAAACCAGGAAAAUAGUAUUGUCCGGAUAAAUUCAAUCCUUGACCGUCAUUCAGAAGAGAAAAUCCAUCAUCCAAACUGCUGGAAAACCGUUGCAGAGGGUUUCAGAUGAGGGGGAGGUUAAAGAAACCAACAUCGGGAAGGAACUAACUGAAUUAACAAACAAAAGAGUCAUUACAAUUGUGAUGUUAAUUUUAUUCAGUGUGCCCAUUCUCAAUCUCAGUACUUAUCGAGAUGCUAAUGUUAGUUUCACUACAGGCUUAUAAGCAAUUUAGUAUUGGUCCAAAGACACAGAAAUCUAUAAUUACCUAAUCAAGGAUUUCAUUGUUUAUCAUGAACCCUUGCGAACUGGAUUGGUUUUCUUUAAAAUCAAUUCUACAAUCCUUUAUCCCGCAGAAACUGAAAACCAAUAUGAAUAUGAGGAUUACAGAACAGCCUCUCUAUAAUAUUACACGUCUUCUGACUCUGAUGAUCAAACUGCAGUCUCCAUUUCCAAUACAGUAGCUGACGAUGAAUUGAAUGCCAUUUUAUCAAUCGUAAGAACUAUUUUUGUUUCUAUUGUGCUCUCUGUUGCAGCUGUGUUGUUCAGUAAAGAUGUCUAAGAUUUGAUUCUGACACCAAUUGAGAAGAUGUUGGAAACUGUCAAGAAGAUUUCAGAGAACCCUUUGGUUGCAGCUCAAGAAGAGGAAAAUAAAGCAUUUAUUUAGAUGAUUGAAAAUGGAGAGAUGAAGGCCUUGGAAGAUAAGGAAGAUGAGAGAUUGGAAACGGUCAUUUUGUAGAAACUGAUAGUGAAGAUAGGGACUUUGUUAGCACUUGGUUUUGGAGAGGCAGGAUCUUAGAUCAUUGCCCAAAAUAUGGGAGCCAAUGCAUCAAUCAAUCCGAUGUUGCCAGGGAAAAAGGUGAUGGCCAUAUUCGGCUUUUGUGACAUUAGAAAUUUCACUGAUGCCACUGAAGUAUUAUAAUAGGACGUAAUGGUAUUCGUGAAUGAAAUUGCUGAAAUAGUGCAUGGAGUAGUCGAUUAAUUCUCUGGAAGUGCUAACAAAAAUAUUGGAGAUGCUUUUCUAUUGGUUUGGAAAUAUGCAGAGAACGACUAUUAUCACGAUGAGGAUGGAAAAUUGAGUCUCAAACCCUAUGAGCAUGUGGCCUAAAUUGCAGACAUGGCCAUCCUGUCCUUUGUUACCAUCAUCACCAAUGUUACUCUAUCCCAAAAAUUGCAGAAAUACAAAUAACAUGAGGGAUUGAACAAUAGAAUACCCAAUUAUUCUGUGAAGAUGGGAUUCGGAUUGCAUGUUGGCUGGGCUAUAGAAGGAGCCAUUGGAUCUGAAUACAAAAUUGAUGCCUCAUAUUUGAGUCCUAAUGUUAACAUGGCUUCUAGAUUGGAGGCAGCCACCAAGCAAUUUGGAUCCAUGAUUCUCAUCUCUGGAUAAUUGAGGGAUGUUGCCACUAAAGUCACUUAGAAGAAUCUAAGACACAUAGACAGAGUAACUGUCAAAGGCAGCAUUGAACCCAUGGACAUUUACACUGUUGAUUUAAAUGUUGACUCCUUGCUUAGAAAGGAACACAGAGCUAAAACUAUACUGGAUUUUCAUAAGAAAGAAAAGAUUAAGUAAGUUCAUCUCUCAGAAUCAGAUCAAUCGAAAUUAAAAAAAAAAUAAAAAGUAUUAAAAAGAAUGAAACGAGACAAACUCAAAUAGGCUGUUCUUAAAAGCCAUGUUCUAAUAUCUGAAACUUGGACCAAAGAUCCCAACAUUAAAAUAUCACGAGCUCUGUUUAGAAAGGUAAACUUAUUCUAUUUUGAUUUAGGAAUUCUAUUAAAAGUGGAACGAGGGAUUCGAUUGCUAUCUCUCUGGAGAUUGGGAUAAGGCCAAAGCUAUUUUUGAAGAAACUUUGGUAAUUUUUAUAUAUCAAAUGUCCCUUAGAAUUUCUUGCCUAAUUACAGAGACGGUCCUUCCAACACCCUGCUAAGAGUUAUCAAAGAAGAACCCUAUCUUAGGAAUAACUGGAAGGGUUAUCGUGAACUCACUGAAAAAUGA